AUGAAGAUCUCAGUGAUUAUUGAGUCCGCACAGAACGACGACGUGCAGGUCAACAUUAGGAGGUGGCUAUAUGCACCCCAACAGCCCCCCGCCGACGCACCACCACCCCCCGCCGAAGCACCACAACCCCCCGAAGCACCACAGCCCCCCGCCGAUGCCCCUGAGGCACUCGUCGACGAUCCUCCCUUCUCUCGCUACUCCCGUAGCCAUUCUCAUCCUCCCUCGCCCUCCCUUGCCUCCCUUGCCUCCCUUGCCUCCCCUGCCUCCUUGCCUAAAGCCUCCACUUCAAGGGCUGCUCGCCAGCGCUCUUCGUCCCCCCUCAGCCUGCCACCUGCAUCUCCACUCGCCUCCCUCUCCCGCUCUCUCACUAUCUCCGACCAGGGCAAAGGCGGGAAGAGGGCAGUUGAUCUUCAACCUGACGCCAGCUCUGCUCCCGGUCCCCGUCAUUCUUCCGCCUCAACCCUGAGGAAUUCACCCUCUCCCUUGUUGGCUUUCCCGAGGACCAAUAGGGGUCUCCUCAGGAGACAGCCGAGGAUCAAGAGUGAGAUGGAGGAGGAGGAUGUAUCGGGUGGUCUCGCGGCGCAAGGUGAGCUUGUUGGUGAGAAGGAGAGGAAGAGAAGGAGAGGAGAGAAAGAGGGGAAGGGGACAGUUGAAGAGCCGAUUUAUGUGAAUAGCGAUUCUCCCUCCCCGCCUCCAGCUCCUGCUCCCCAGCCGCCUCCUCGCACUUUCACCAAGCUUGCUCUUCCCAGUCGCCGCAGGUUACAAUCCGACGUUGAUCGUCGAGGGGCGGGCUACAGAUAUACACGGGACGAGUUUUAG